AUGCUGCCGUCCAUCGUCCCCCGCAUCCAGCAGAAGGUCCUGGAGCAGCAGAUCGUGGCCAACAGCCCCAAGCUGACGGCCAUGCUGAGCCACCCGGCGGGUCCCUUCACUGUGCACUUCUGGGCGCCUACUUUCAAGUGGGGCAUCUCGCUGGCUAACGUCGCGGACAUGAAGCGUUCGCCUGAGACCAUCUCGGUAGCACAGCAGACGGCAGUGACAGCCACGGGCCUCAUCUGGUCCCGCUACAGUUUGGUCAUCACUCCCAAGAACUGGAACCUCUUCGCCGUCAACGUCUUCAUGGCCGGCACGGGUCUCGUGCAGUUUUACCGCAAGUUCACGUACGACCCCAAGAAGGUCGAAGAAGCCGCCAAGUCCAGUUAA